CCAGAAUUUCAGCCUUGGCACUUGCUGCCUCCCCUGCCUUCUCCUGGGUCGGGGUGAGGCUGGCGUGUGGGUGUGGGGUUGACUCACACAGGGCACGUGGGUGGGCAGGCGCUGCAGCUCCGGCUGGUGGGUGUGGCCUGCCUGGCACCUACAGCAGGUGGCCCAGCCAGUUCUGCCUCCGACGCCUCAUUCCAGCCAUCCCUCUGCCUGCGAUGAGAGCCUCUUGCCGCCUCAGCCACAGUCCCACUUGGGGGCCUUGGGCCCGGGACAUGCAGUGAUCUCAGAGCAAGGGCAGCCACUGCCACCUGGACCUCACCAGCCAUGAACGCCCACCCCAAGGAGAUGGUGCCCUUCAUGGGCAGACGAGCCACCAUCCCGGGUGCGAAUCCUGCCGUCCUGCAGGAGAAGAGGCCGGUGGAGCUCACCCCCACCAAGAAGAGUGCACACUUCUUCCUGGAGAUAGAAGGGUUCGAGCCCAACCCCAUUGUCACCAAGACCUCUCCCCCAUUCUUCUCUAAGCCCAUGGACUCCAACAUCCGACAGUGCGUCUCUGGCAACUGUGAUGACAUGGACUCCCCGCAAUCUCCUCAGGACUAUGUGACAGAGACCCCAUCCAAUCCCAACAGUCCCAGUGCAAACCUGGCCAAGGAAGAGCAGAGGCGAAAAAAGAGGCGGCUGAAGAAGUGCAUCUUCACAGCCGUGUCGGAGGGCUGCGUGGACGAGCUGCUGGAGCUGCUGGCCGAGCUGCAGGAGCUUUGCAAGCGGCGCCGUGGCAUGGACAUGCCUGACUUCCUCAUGCACAACCUGACGGCCUCGGACACGGGGAAGACCUGCCUGAUGAAGGCCCUGUUAAACAUCAACCCCAACACCAAGGAGAUCGUGCAGGUCCUGCUGGCCUUCGCCGAGGAGAAUGACAUCCUGGACAGGUUCAUCAACGCCGCGUACACAGAGCAGGCCUACGAAGGGCAGACGGCGCUGAACAUCGCCAUCGAGCGGCGGCAGGGAGACAUCACUGCGGUGCUGAUUGCGGCCGGCGCCGACGUCAACGCCCACGCCAAGGGGGUCUUCUUCAACCCCAAGUACCAGCACGAAGGCUUCUACUUCGGUGAGACACCCCUGGCCCUGGCAGCCUGCACCAACCAGCCCGAGAUUGUGCAGCUGCUGAUGGAGAACGAGCAGACGGACAUCACCUCGCAGGACUCACAGGGAAACAACAUCCUACAUGCGCUGGUGACGGUGGCCGAGGACUUCAAGACGCAGAAUGACUUCGUUAAGCGCAUGUACGACAUGAUCCUGCUGAGGAGUGGCAACUGGGAGCUGGAGACCACGCGCAACAAGGACGGCCUCACCCCGAUGCAGCUGGCCGCCAAGUUGGGCAAGGCUGAGAUCCUGAAGUACAUCCUCAGUCGUGAGAUCAGGGAGAAGCCGCUCCGGAGCUUGUCCAGGAAGUUCACCGACUGGGCAUACGGGCCCGUGUCAUCCUCGCUGUAUGAUCUCACCAACGUGGACACCACGACAGAAAACUCAGUGCUGGAAAUCACUGUCUACAACACCAACAUCGAUAACCGGCACGAGAUGCUGACCCUGGAGCCCCUGCACACACUGCUGCAUAUGAAGUGGAAGAAGUUUGCCAAGUACAUGUUCUUCCUGUCCUUCUGCUUUUACUUCUUCUACAACAUCACCCUGACUCUCGUCUCUUACUAUCGCCCCCGGGAGGAGGAGGCGCUCCCACACCCCUUGGCCCUGACGCACAAAAUGGGAUGGCUGCAGCUCUUAGGAAGGAUGUUCGUGCUCAUCUGGGCCAUGUGCAUUUCUGUGAAAGAGGGCAUCGCGAUCUUCCUGCUGAGACCCUCAGACCUGCAGUCCAUCCUCUCAGAUGCCUGGUUUCACUUUGUCUUUUUUGUCCAAGCUGUGCUUGUGAUACUGUCUGUCUUCUUGUACUUGUUUGCCUACAAAGAGUACCUCGCCUGCCUUGUGCUGGCCAUGGCCCUGGGCUGGGCGAACAUGCUCUACUACACGCGGGGAUUCCAGUCCAUGGGCAUAUACAGUGUCAUGAUCCAGAAGGUCAUUUUGCAUGAUGUUCUGAAGUUCUUGUUUGUAUAUAUCGUUUUCUUACUUGGAUUUGGAGUAGCCCUGGCCUCGCUGAUCGAGAAAUGCCCCAAGGACAAGAAGGACUGCAGCUCCUAUGGCAGCUUCAGCGACGCGGUGCUGGAGCUCUUCAAGCUCACCAUAGGCCUGGGCGACCUGAACAUCCAGCAGAACUCCAAGUACCCCAUCCUCUUUCUGUUCUUGCUCAUCACCUACGUCAUCCUCACCUUCGUCCUCCUCCUCAAUAUGCUCAUCGCCCUAAUGGGAGAGACAGUGGAGAACAUCUCCAAGGAGAGUGAGCGCAUCUGGCGCCUACAGAGAGCCAGGACGAUCUUGGAGUUUGAGAAAAUGUUGCCAGAAUGGCUGAGAAGCAGAUUCCGGAUGGGAGAGCUGUGCAAAGUCGCAGAGGAAGAUUUCCGACUGUGUUUGCGAAUCAACGAGGUGAAGUGGACCGAGUGGAAAACACACGUCUCCUUUCUCAAUGAGGAUCCGGGGCCUGGGCGACGGACAGGAGAUUUCAACAAAAUCCAAGAUUCUUCCAGGAGCAACAGCAAAACCACCCUCAAUGCAUUUGACGAAAUAGAAGAAUUUCCGGAAACUUCGGUGUAGAAGCAGAACCCAGAGCUGGUGUGAGCGUCUGGCUGUAGGCUGGGCCCUGGACUCAGGCUGAGGCCUUUGCAGAGUGAUGGAGCCUGCCUCUGCCUCCUGAGAGGCGGAAAGCACCCUCACGCUGAGUGGUGGCUGAAAUGAGAGGCAGUUGUCAGUUUGUCCGAGUGGGGAACACCCUUGAUUUUGUCACUUGGCAAAAAGUUUGUGUAAACCCAUGGCUGGCAGUCUUGAGCCUGGGAGUUUCCGAAGUCCUGAGUGAAGUCCCUGGGUUCGCCAACUGCACGUGGCUUGGCUGGGAGAGAGGGUGGCAGGGAAGGGGUGGGGGCCUGAGGAGCAGGGAGAGGAGCCUUUCUUCCUGCCAGCAUCUCCUUGACAACCCCCAGCCUCAGCCCACACUUUCCGCUGUCUCCUCUGCUGUGACUGGGUCUCUUGAAUUAGGGAACUCCUGAUCCCAUCCCAGAUCAUACAGGGGGCCGAGCUAAGCUGGAUAUCCUGGGGGAGGAGGGGAGUGAGCUAUGGAAAUGCCCUUCCGGAACCUUCAGGGAACAGGAAACCACCCUUGGAAUGAGUGCCCUUGGCACCCCAAGGCUCAAACUGUCUCCAACAGAGAUGUUUGUAGUAGCAUAAUUAACACAGGGUUUUUAUUUUCAGUAGAGAAAAGACAUUUCAGUUUUGAAUGAAAACUGCUUCA